CAUUUCGCCAGUAAGGGCAGAAAUCAAGAUUCCGUGCAAAAAGCUCCGGUGGUUCUUCACCCACCGCCGAAUGUUCUUCCGGCGCACCGAACAGCCAUCUGGACCGACUCUAUUUCGAGAUCUGCUUCGUCCUGUGAGAGUAUAAGUCUAAAAGCUACUUCUGCAAAGGUGAAUUUCGAAAACCAACAAUGGGAAUCAUUGAAAACGGAACAAUCUCGGGUAAUUUGCCGAGCAAGGAGGCGUUUGUGGUGCACUAUCCUGGCUACCCUUCAUCUAUUUCCCGAGCUCUGGACACUCUUGGGGGAAUCCAAGGGAUCACUGCUGCAAGAGAAUCAACGUCAAACAAGCUUGAGCUGCAUUUCCGCCCUGAAGACCCUUAUGCACAUCCUGCCUGGGGUGAACAACGUCCUUGUAAUGGGUUUCUAUUAAAAAUUUCUAAGGAGGAUGUUAAGAAAGAUUCUCUUCCUGAAAGUGAACCUGUUCUUGCGACUAGCGAUGCAUGCUUACCAGAAGCUUCCCCAGCUCUUUCUGCUGAUAUUGUAGCUCGUGUCUCUGAGUCAUAUUGCUUCGAUGGCAUGGCUGACUACCAGCAUGUGAUUCCUAUUCACGCGGGUAUUGCACAACAAAAGAAACGAAAAUGGAUGGAGGUGAAGUCGCUUGCAGGAAACAAUGAUCUAAUGGGAAUGGCUGAUGAAGACGUAAUGAUGUUAUUGCCACAGUUCUUUGCACCGAAAGAUAGGCCAGACAAUUUGGUGCUGAGACUUCCAGUAACAUCACCAAAAAAGAAAGAGGAGGAACCAACUCAGACUCUUUAUGAGAUGGAUAUUGGUCCAGUAUUUGCAAUUGAUUUCGGUGUGAAAGAGAUCCCAAAGAUAUUAAACUGGGAAGACGUAAUUGUUCCCAGCUCCGACCAAUGGAAAUGGCAGACGGCAGUGUCUGCAUUGUUUGAAGAGCGACCUGUGUGGACCAGGGAUUCUAUAGUCCAGCGACUACUUGAUAAAGGUCUUAAAUGCACACAUCAUAUGCUAAACAGGUUUCUUCUUAGGGCUGCAUAUUAUUUCUCAGGUGGUCCAUUUCUUAGGUUCUGGAUUAGAAGAGGCUAUGAUCCACGGAAAGAUCCUGAGUCUCGUGUAUUCCAGAGGAUGGAAUUCAGGGUUCCACCUGAAUUGCGGGGUUACUGUGAUGCCAACGCAACUAAUAAGUCAAAGCCAAGCUGGGAUGAUAUCUGUGCGUUUAAAGUAUUUCCUUUCAAAUGCCAAACAUUUCUACAGCUAUUUGAACUUCAUGACGAGUACAUUCAACGAGAGAUAAGAAAGCCUCCUAAGCAGACUACUUGUAAUUAUAAAACAGGAUGGUUCUCAGAAGCGCUGCUUGAUAAUUUGAGACUCCGUGUAGCUGUGAGGUUUGUAUCUGUCUUUCCCGAGCCAGGUUUCGAAGAUGUAUUUAAAUCCAUUCAAGAAGAGUUUGAGAGGUCAGAAAAGACACGAAUUCAGAAAGAUGCACUGAAACCAUUUCAUCGAAAUCAUCAGGAAACAACUAAAGAUAUGAAAAAGCAUAAAGACACAAACCAAGAGAAAGAUGGUGAUGUAAAUACGGAUGAAGAUGCUGAUGACAUUGAUGAUGAAUACGAGGAACUUGAUGUGGCUGCAAAUGAUGAUGAGAUAUCAAUUAGUUCUCAUGGCUAUGGUGACAUGGAGAACAACUCCAAAACCUAUCUACAAGGUUUGUUCGAUAGGUUUCCAAGCAGCGGCGCUGGUGAUGGAAGCGAUGGAGAGUAUCCGAUUUAUGACACUUUGGAUGAUGAUGAUGAUGAUGACGACGAGGAGUGAAGAACUUUGCAUAUACAGUAAUGUGUAUUUGCAUUGUAAUUACAAACCUAGGUGUGUGUAGCUAAGUGUAAAGAGAUAGCAACAUAAGGGUGGAGAAUUGUAAUUUCAAAACGUAAGAUCCAUUGUGCAAUUAAUGAGAAUCUAGAAAAAAAAAAUUAAAGGGUCGUAAAGUUAAAAUA